GUGACGGCGGAGCUGGCGGAGGAAGAGGCGUGUGAGGACCUCCCUGACGGUGUUAUAUUUUAAAAGUAGCUCCGGCAAAGAUGAGUCAAGUUACUAUUAGACGAGCUAGCAGAUCUGACUAUAGAGGAAUUUACCAACUAGUAAGAGAAAAAGCUGAUGCUCGUGGUGCAAGAAUUUCUCACAGUGUAUCCAUUGAAGGGUUAGAAGAUCUUUUUGGUUCAAAUUCCACCUUCAAUUUUCUGGUUGCUGAGGAGAAAGGCAGCUUAGUUGGCUAUGUCCUUCAUUAUUAUUGCUACUCCUGGGAAGGACGCACUAUCUGUGUGGAGGACUUGCAUGUUAAACGGAAGGAAGAGUGGGACACUAUUGCUCGGGCUUUAUGGAGGAACUUGGUUAAGAUUGCUCUGGAAGAAGGAUGUAAACAGUUUAACUUUCCUCCUUUAAGAGAAAAUGAAUAUGAGUUUUAUCAUGACAAGGCAAUAAAUAUGACUAAAACUAAUGGAUAUCGGUACUUUAGGAUGGAACAAGAAGCUAUGGAGAAAUUUGCUAAGAUGAACAAGAUACCAGAGGGUGUUAAGGUAAGAGAAGCAACUUCAGCAGACUGUACUGGCAUUAAUCAGUUGAUAAAGGACUUAGCUGUGUAUGAAAAUGUGCCAGACAAGCCUCAGAUUGAUGCAAAGGAACUAGAAGAUGAUGGUUUUGGAGAUAAAGUGUUCUAUAAGUGUUUUGUAGCAGAAUCUGGAGAUCACCUAAUAGGAUACACACUCUUUUUCCAUACAUAUAACUGGAUGGGUCAAGGUGUGUAUAUGGAAGACCUUUAUGUGGCACCUCCAUACCGUGGGAAAGGUAUUGGUACAGCACUGUGGAAGCAAGUGUUAGAGGCUUGUCUGUCAGUUCAGGGAAUCAGGUGUGACUUCUGUGUACUUGGAUGGAAUAAGCCUAGUAUUACGUUUUACAAAGGUCAUUGUAUGAAUCCACGCAGAGCCGGGAAGCCAACGAAUUGGGUCAACAGCUGCUAAGACGAGAGCGUUCACGCUCGCACAGCCGCCCUAACACAAAACACACCACCCGGAAUUACCCAACGAAAGGAGAUAUUGGUAGACAUUGAAAAAGAUGGAUGGCAGCUUUUGAUAUAUUCCUAGAACCGAGAAAGGCAGAAUCAGAUGGUCGCAGGAAGAAGUUGGUAUUACAGAAUGCUGCAGGAAUCAAAGUACAAAAUUUAUUUUUUGCAAAUACAGCGUACAGAAGUCAAACAGGAGAAGGUUGAUACACCGGUAAUGAUGCAGGUAGAUACCGCAGCAGAUGUAUCAGUCCUGCGAGUGGAGAUUACUCUUAAAAUUCCAGUUAUCCAAAUUAA